CGGAGAGGGGCCGCCCCCCCGCCCGCUCCGCGGCCGCCGUCGGUGCCGGUGAAGGCGGCGGUGGCGGUGCCGCCGGCUCCCGCCGCCCCCCCUUCACCUCGCCCCGACCCCGGAGCGGGCGGCCCCGCGUUCCCCCGUCCCCAUGGCUGGGCAGGAGUGGGACUGGUUCCAGCGCGAGGAGCUCAUCGGGCACAUCAGCGACAUCCGAGUGCAGAACCUCCAAGUGGAACGGGAAAAUGUACAGAAGAGGACCUUUACCAGAUGGAUAAACCUACAUUUAGGAAAGUGCAAGCCUCCUCUGAAAGUGAAGGACUUGUUUGUUGAUAUACAAGAUGGCAAAAUCUUGAUGGCCCUGCUGGAAGUCCUGUCAGGACAAAAGCUGAUGCACGAAUACAAAUCUUCAACUCAUCGCAUUUUUCGUUUGAACAACAUAGCCAAAGCACUUAAGUUCUUGGAGGACAGUAAUGUAAAGCUUGUUAGCAUCGAUGCAGCAGAAAUAGCAGAUGGAAAUUCCUCUCUGGUACUUGGAUUAAUAUGGAAUAUAAUCUUGUUUUUUCAGAUUAAGGAGCUGACAGGCAACCUCAACAGGAACUCCUCCUCCUCCAGCCUGUCCUCUGGUCCCAGCGGUCCUGAGUCAGACACGUCCCACCCCAGCACUCCCAGCGUGGAGAGGAACAUGUCGAUUACCGUGAAGGACCAGCGGAAAGCCAUCAGAGCCCUUUUAAUCUGGGUUCAGAGGAAAACCAGAAAGUAUGGAGUUGCAGUUCAGGACUUUGCCAGCAGUUGGAGGAGUGGCCUCGCUUUCUUAGCUAUCAUAAAAGCAAUAGACUCUACUUUGGUAGAUAUGAAGCAAGCACUGGAGAAAUCAUCUCGAGAAAACCUGGAGGAUGCUUUCAGCAUAGCACAAAAGAAGCUGGGUGUUCCUCGGCUCCUAGAACCAGAAGAUAUCAUGGUGGAAUCCCCUGAUGAACAGUCAAUUGUGACGUACGUGGCACAAUUUCUGGAACACUUUCCGGAGCUGGAAGGGGAAGAUUUUACAGAUCCUGACAAGGAGCUUCCGAUUGAGUCCACAUAUGUGCACAUCAAAGACACACCUUUAGAAAAGGAAAGCAAAAUCCUGAUUUUAAGUAAAAGUGAAGAAAACAUGUAUACUGUUAAUCAUGAAAGGAGUCAUCCUGCUCCUCCAAAGGUUCACAUACAUGACACCCCUGAGAGAAUCCCAUCAGAAACCGUUCCUGAAAAGUGUAAUGGGAAAUUGAGUCAAGUGUUCGGUGAUUCACAGGAAGGAUCUGAAGAGGAGCCUCAGAGGCCUACCUCACUGAGAAUUACAGGAUCUACCAGUUUUGAAUCCAAUUCCUCUUGGGAGGUUCUAAGUGACAAAUUCAUGUCAGGUGAAGGGGGCAUAUCUGAUGAUCCGCUGAAACAGAACAAUGACCUUUCUCCAGCUGUUUUGACAGAUCAGAAAAAUUCUGUUGACUCUUUUGAAGACUACUCUGAAGAAUUAACUAAAGAAACCUCUACUGAAUAUGACAAUGAAACUAAGAGCCUUUCAGCCAAUACUUCUUCUUUGAGUCCAUUAUCCUGGACUUCAGGUAUACUUACAGAUGAAUCUAUAAAUAAAGUAGAAGAGAGCAAACCCCAGAGUUCAAUUAUUUUACCAGAAGAUACCUCAAAACAAGAAGACACGCAUAAGUAUGUCCUUCACCUUCUAAAUGAGGAAAUACUGAAAAUUCCACAAAAUGAACACACAAAGCAAUCACCUGGCUUUGAGACAAUAGAAACUAACCAUUGUUCACUGAAUGAUUCUAAUAUCAAAAGUCAAGAACUACCUACAGAGCAUGAAAUAUCCGAUGACUCUCUCUCAGAUGUACCUAAAAAUUCAGAGGACCCAGACAGCUGUGAUGAAGCUGAGUCUUCACCUGAAGUGCUACCCAGUUCUUCUAAAGUAUCUGUUAUACCCCACGAUCUCUUUUAUUAUCCACAUUAUAAUGUUCCCAUAUCGGCUGUUUUGAACGCUUACCUUGAGCCUUGUAUUGAAGAUUAUGAUACUGGAAAUGACAAAGCUGCUUCUGAAGCAGUGACGGAAGUUUUGCAGGAGAAGGGCUCACCAGAACAGAACUACAAGGAAGAUGCUCCAGAGCCAGACUUGGGGAAUAAACUGGGUGUUCCUCCAUCAGAAGUAGAUACUGAGAACAGCGAGGAGGAAACAACAGAUAUUAACAGUCCCAUGAAUUCUUCUGAUGAAAAAGAAGUGCCAUUACUAGAAGGAGAAGAAUUAGAAAUUGAAAAAGAUGACAAAAAGGCCACCAACCAUGAAGAUUCCACUAUACCACAACAUCCUGAGGCCAUAGAAAAAGAUUUGGAGGAUUUGUCAAAAGCCAUGAAGAGACAAGAAAAAAAUAGUAAUAGGGAGGAAGAAGAGAAAAAUAUUAUCAAAGCAGAAGACCUGCAGAUCUCAGACGUUGCCACAACUAUUCCGUCACAAGAUAAACUGGAAGAAAUGGCUGAUUGUCAGGAGUUUACCAGAACCAGUGAAAGUGAUUCCAACAUUUGCCUCCGAAAAAGAUCUCCUAAUCCUUCUGAGGCGGAAAUCUGUGAUGUAAACAAGCAGAAGAUGACAGAUGUAAGUGAAAAUCCGUCAGUCAUCAGGAAGAAAAAGGAUUUGGAAGCAAGUGAGACUCCAGCACCAACUCAUGCCAUUACGAUGGUUGAGCAGCCAGAUAUUUUCUACUUCAUCAUUUUCUUUUGGGUUCUGGUCUACUGCCUUCUACUCCUUCCACAGCUUCUUAGCAACAAAGUUUGAUCUCUGUGAGGUGUGGAAAAAUAAAGGACGAGGGCUGGAUUGCUUUGUGUAUCUGCAUAUGAAUAUGUUCCUUCAGGUGAAGCACAAACAGAAAUAUAUUAAUAGGACCUGGUAUUUAUGUUUAUUAUCAGGUUGUCCUCAAUUCCUCUACUGUUGUGCUAUGACAGCGUCUAAGCACAUUUUAUAUUAUGGUAAUUGUGUAAAUAUAUAUAAAAAUUACCUGAUUUAGUAGAUGCGAUUUUGUACAUUUGUGCCUUGCUUUAUAAGAUGCUAAAUAAAACCAGAUAAUUAUCAGUAGAAAUAUGAACAAUUCAGAGCUCUAGUCUUCAAAAAUAAUUCUUCUGGCUUCAUUUACUUAUGUAGGGCCUGACAGCUGUGGAAGAGGGAUGCAAGGGCAAGGCUGGAAAUGGUUUUACACAUUUCCCAUGAAAUUCUUUGAGAGAGUUGGAGGCAGAGCAGAGCGGCAGGUGGUGGAACAUGCUGACCUCAGGAACUGAUCACAACUCCAAUGGCAAUCCAGUGGAGCAACAGAAUCAGUUCGAGGGUUUAUUUGGCUAGGGGAGUUUGGUUUUUUUUAGGAUUUAAAUUAAUUUUUAUCCUGAACCUUUUGUUAUGUUUAAUUCAUAGGAAUAAAUUGGAUGUGGAGAAGUGUGAAGAACAUACAUGCUAGCUGCUUCUUAGGAAGGAAUACAUGAGAAAUCUUAGACCAGAAACUUCUGUAGAGAAUACCUGAAGAAAUACUGAUGGUCACCAUCUUUGAAAAGAAGUUGAGGACACUUAGAUACCAUGGUUUUAGUUUUGGUAUCUCACUGUUUCUGAGGCUGCUUCUGCUUCCUUUUUUCCACUGCUUUUACUUGGCAGAUGAUGUGAAGAUUUCUCUUUUUUGAAGAUACAAAAGAUUAUAGGUAACUUAAUUUGCUGAGGCUACUCUAAAGGCACAAGGACAUGGUAAAAGGAUUAGCAAUAUCCCUUAAGUGCCCAAAUCAAUAAAGAAAGAGAUGACAGAUGGAAAACUAAAUACAGAGAAACAUUGACAGCUGGUAUUGACUUCCUAGUGCAACUGAAGAGACUCUCGUGGCUUGUCCAUAGAUACAGUUGAGCCACUUUUGCAUCUUGUCAUAUUUUGUCCACAUUGGGGAUCCCUGUAGGAUACUUGAUUUAGGAUUUUUGCAAGGGAGGUGUUCCUGUGCAUUACAGGAUAAAAGAGAGGGCUUCAAAUUAAAUUGAAUAGCAGUAACUUUUCUCUGUGUGACUUUUGGUGAAGUCACUUUUUUAUCGGCACAGUUUUAGUUUCACAGUAUGCUUUAUGAGAUUAUGUUGAUGUUGCCACUUCCACUUGAAAAUUCACAAGGUUGACUGUAAUGUUCUUCAGAAAUGAGGGGUUCAAUAAUUUACAUGGAGUGAUACUUACAAUAUGUGGCUAUAAGCUUUACAUAUUUUGUUUAGAAUAAGGUUUAUCUCUGCCCUGGCUUAGUUUUCAGCUGACCUAAUGGUACCUGGUGUCAGGACACAUCUGAAUAUAUAGUAAUGUGUUUGCAGGUAUUUAAAAUCUGUUUUCAGUCAUGUCAUCUGCUGGGCCAAUCCUAACUGUCCAUCACACUUCACUCUUCUUUAUAAGUUUUAUGUCUCCCUGGGAUUUCUCUUCUGAGCGGCAGUUAAAAUUCAAUAGCAGAAGUGCAUGGCAGGAGAUCUUAAACAUGGAAGAUAAAAAUCUGAAUCUAUUUCAGUCAACAGAAUGCAGGAAUCUUUUCUAUUCUGUCCCGUCACUGUUGACUAGAGCUGGAUUCACCCUGUGAAUCUAAAAAUAAGACCCUUUGUGCUUCUUGAGGAACAGAUCCAAACUUCCCAACUUAAUUCAGCGUAAAUCAACGUAAGUAAAAAAAGAUAGUCUUUCAGCUUGCUAAUGUUCAGCAUUUUGAUUCAUCUGAUUUUGUGAUGCAUGAACGUAUUUGUGCUUGUCGAUGAAGACAUUGAUACUUUUUUCCAAAAGAAAACAUAUACCGUUGAAGAGCUGGUGCUUUUUCUCUGAAAGAAUAAAAAUUAGUGCAAGAAACUUUAUAUCCUCAUCUUGAAAACCACUGAAUACCAGGCUAGGGCAUGGCAGCUAUUUAAUAGCAGCAAGUAGCAAUGUACAUUUUUUUGGAAGAAAGUGUUGACAACUCUUUAUCAUCUGCCAGCCUUCACAGGCUACUUUGGUUUAUGACAACUUUUUCUCAGCCUUUGUACCUUAUUCUCUGGUUCUUCCAUGUUUCUUAGUCUUCGGCAGAGAUUAUUCGGAGUUGAAUUCAGUCUCUUCAUAGAACUUUACAGCUAGCAAAGUUUAAUUAAAUAAAAUAAGCCCCCUUCUUGUCUUCUCGCCUUCCUCCCAAGAAAACUAAUCAGAAUGAGGAGGUCUUUGGUUGUCUCAUCUAAACAACUGACAUCCUUAAAGAAUGGAAAAGUGAAUGGGAAUGCACUGAUGCUGGCAGUUUCAUUACACAGUAUUUUCUUCCAAGAGGGGGAAAAGCCAGGGCUUGCUUUCUUACCUCCCACUGAUGAACAGUGAUUGAAACAGUGAAUUAAAUGUGCAGUUUAAAUGUCAAACAGCAUCCAACAAUUGUCUUCAUCGUCCCACCUGAUGUUUAAACUGAAGUGUGCUUUCCAGCCUAUCCCGUGAAGAGAUGGGGCAUUGCUUCUUCCCUGCAAAACAGGUGAACUCCCCGCCCCCCAGAUUAGUCCAUGAUAGUCAGUAUUAAGUUGCUAUCUGUAUUUGGGUUUGUUUGUUCAUUUGCUUUUUUCUAUAACAGAAGUAGUCUACCUUAGCCCUUCCAUGGGUAAGAAGAUCCAGGGUAAAAAGUUAAGUGAUGUUACUGGUGUAGUCAACUUUGCAUGAAAAGAGACUGAACUCUUCAGGAUUUUUGCCAUUACUCUGAACUGAAAAAAAAUGACAUCUCCAUAGCCAGCAGCUUCCUCCACUUAAAUUGACUAGUAAGCCUGCAUCUCCUCUUCCACUCUGCAAAAUCCAGUCCCUCAAUGCAAGUGCCCCAUUCUGAAAACAUGGCUUGUUGCUGGACUUUGUGUCCUCUUCUUAGCUUAGAAGCUCAAAGUCUGAUUGUGGAGCAUUCACUAUGGCAAAGCCUGUUUUAACUUGCUGGCUGAACAACUGGCUUGAGGUAGCAGAGGUUUUAAAGGCUGAUGGGAAAUCUCUCAUCUAUCGAUUUUGCAACAAAUAUGUGCACUGUCUGAAUAAGGAAGUUUUUCCUGAAUUUUUGCUUGGGUUUUUAAAAAGUGCUAAUCUCAAACAGACUGCAUUUGGUACUUUGAUUUAGCAGUAGAAGGGUACUGAUCUAUUGAGACUGUUUCUAGAAUCCAAUGUUGAGUUGUGUGGGUAGCAGAGUAUUGUGAAGUCUGAGUGCUGGGAAGUGUUUGAGGAUUACUGGACAAAGGACGUUUGAUGUUCACAGAAGCAUCAUUGAAGUCUGAGAGACAACUGUAACAGAAUGGUUCAAUGUUAUUGUAGUCAUGUAACUUAACUGCAAAGUGUUUUAUUGUGUUUUUAUAGAAAGUGCAAGGAAGGAUAUGCUAGUAAAGAUAGAUUCCUGCUAAACAUUUAUGGGGCAUAUGUCUUAGAGUUGACAAAAUGAGUUAAACAGUCACAUAAUCUACAAACCGAACUGAAUACAGCUUUUGCCAAAUUGUUGGAAAUGAUCAAUGCAAAUAUGGGGAAAGCAAAUUACAGAAAUAAAAAAAUGACAAUCACUUUUCAAUGCCAUGAAUAUUUUUGAUGGAUUGAGCUCUAAAAUGUAUUUUUAUUGAGUUUCUAGAUUGUAAUGAAUGUGUCUAAAGAAUUUUAUGCAGAGCUUGAGAGUUCAGCUGUUUUAAAAUGAUUUUUUAUAUAGCAGUGAUUAUUUUAUCUAUAUAUUUAAUAGAACUGUAAAACCAUUUUAAGAGUACCUGUAAAAUUCUGUGUAUGUGAUAUCACUAUUUAUUAAUUAUGAUUCAUGAGAAUGAACAUUAAGCUAUGCAUUGGUUGUGUCAUCCAUUUUAAAACUGGAAACUCCAAACAGGAGAAGAGAGUUCAUGAACAGUAGACUCAAAAAACAUGAGAAAUGAUUGAAUACAAUUGUGUGACUCUUAAAGCUGCAUAGCAAUAUGUCAUUUUGUGAUGUUAAACUUUCGGCUAAUGUUGCAAAAUAUACUGAGUGAUUAAGCUACUUUCUUCCAUUAAAACUUCCUGAGGCUGAAA